GCAUUCAGUAAAGUCUGGACAUUGACCAGAUCGUGAGAGAGAUCUUGGUAAAGAUGAGAAUUUUGUUUCUCACGCUAUUUGCGGGGCUGCUGGCCUUGGCCGUGUGCGAGAAGAAAAAGGGAAUUACGAGUAAGGAAAUCGAAAAUGCCGAAGGCGUGGAGAAGAAACAAGAUAAGCGCGGACUGAGUCACGUCGAGGCAGACUUUGGAGGACAUGACGAUGGCGGUUAUGGUGGCGGCUUUGAAGGUGGUCACGAUUUCGGCGGUGGAGACAUUGGCGGUCAUGAUAUUAGUGGUGGUUACGAUGGUGGUUACGGCGGUGGCGGUGGCGGUGGCGGCGGCGAUGACGGCGGUAAGAUCAAGCAGAUCACGAUCGUGAAAACGGAGAAGGUGCCCUAUCCAGUCGAGAAGAAGGUCCAUUACCCGGUAGAGAAGGAAGUACCGUAUCCAGUUAAAGUACCGGUACCACAACCCUAUCCGGUUGAGAAAAAGAUCCCGGUACCAGUGAAAGUUUUGGUAAAGGUACCGGUUCACAUACCGCAACCGUACCCAGUUGAGAAGAAGGUGCCCUAUCCGGUUCACGUGCCGGUAGAAAGACCGGUACCUUACAAAGUAUACGUUCCCCAACCGUAUCCAGUCGAGAAGAAGAUACCGUAUCCAAUAAAAGUACCGGUACCGCAGCCGUUCCCGGUAGAAAAGCCCGUGCCGUACACUGUGAAAGUUCCAGUGCACGUACCGCAACCCUUCCCUGUGGAGAAGCCGGUACCGUAUCCGGUAACAGUGCCCGUUGAACGACCUUAUCCAGUACACGUAGCUAAACCGUAUCCAGUUCCGGUUGAAAAACCAGUACCUUAUCCAGUUGAGAAGAAGGUACCGUAUCCAGUCAAGGUUCACGUGGAGCGACCAGUAGGAGUGCCCGUAGAGAAGCCAGUGCCCGUUCACGUUAAAGUACCGGUACCGGCGCCGUACCCGGUAGAAAAGCCGAUACCUGUGCCGGUAGAGAAGCCGGUGCCCUACGCCGUAAAAGUGCCUGUAGAACGACCUGUGCCAGUCCACGUGACAAAGCCAGUAGCCGUACCGGUACCUAAGCCUGUACCAUAUCCCGUAAAAGUGCCGGUAGCAGUACCAGUACACGAGCACGAGCACGGAGGGGGUGACUUAGGGGAUAGGCCGAGAUCCAUAGAGAGAUCCGACAUGUGCAAAUUCUCCACUGCGGCGGAUCCACUCAGCGGAUACGAGCGGGUAUGGAAUAUCGGCGCUCAUCAUGGAAUAUUGCGAUAACAUUUCUCUUAUUUCUUUUUUUUUUUAAUACAUUGCGUCGAGGAAGGGAACAUAGAGCAAUGUGAUUUGUAACGCGGUCAACGGCUGAUUUUUCGUACCGGAGCGUUAACGAAGCGUUUUCCUCGACACUCGCGGAUCUCGCGAAUUUAUCGUUCGAAGUGCGAGUCCGCUAGGAAAACGCGGACGUAUUUAUUUUCCUAACUAAGCGUCGUUCUCGCUGCGGGGUCCGACGAGGAAGAUGAGUUUGCAGAACAGCCGUUUUGCGCCGCAAAAGAUGAUUAUGGGUCUCCGAGUCUGCUUAGAGAGCUAAUUCGAUUUCCUAGAUGUAGUAUCGACACUUAAGUACCUACGAGAACACAUAUUGUACUGUGUGUCUCUUACGACGUUCGAAACAUGUAACGGACGUCUUUAUACGAUGUCUUUCGCUUCUUUUUAAUAAAACCAAAGAGCAAAACACAA